CAGAUUAAAUUAAAUUUUCAUUUUUCAGUAGCGAAGAAAAUAAUUUUUGAUAUAAAGUUUCCUUUGCAAUGUGAAAAAAUAAAUACUAAAGAAUGGCUACAGCAAACGAUGAUGAGAUUCUGGAAGGAUUUCUCUGUCCAAUUUGUAAAGCUGAUCUAAAAUCAGCAACACAAUUAACUAGCCACUUUGAAAGUCAACAUGAAGAGGAGCAGGAUCUCUUACGGUCUCUGAAGGAUAUAUUUGGUAAAGCGAAGAAGAUAAUUUUGAACGCUGAUGAGAAUGACUUGAAGGAGACGUUUGACCGCGCGUUAAAGCUGACUACCCAAGAUUUUGUCUUCCUUGACGACGAACAAACAGUAGGUGUGUCCCGAAGCUCUAGUGAUUACUUCCGAGCCGUCCGUUCAGCAAGACUGGAGCGAUAUGCCACAGAAACUAACAAAUUGUUGAUUAGACUCGACAAAUUAAUCUGUAAUAUGCCAAAUGAAGCUAGCCAAAGGAAACAACAUGAACAGGAAGUUGUGCCCUGGCUGGAUGGAUCAUCAGUCAAGCUAUGUCCAAAUUGUGCCAAGUCAUUCAGUCUCACGAGAAGGAAACACCACUGUCGCCUCUGUGGUUCCAUACUAUGCCAUGAUUGCUCUCUAUUUCUGGAUCUAAAUAUAGCUAGAGCGAUAAUAGACCCAUCAGCUCCUCAACCAUCGAAUCCAAGUCAAGAAGUAACAGAGAAGAAUGGGCUGCGCCUCUGUGAACAUUGCUACAAUUUGAUAGAACUACGGAAGCAAGUGCAGGAGAGUCGUAACGCUAAAACCGUGUUAAUGACGGCAUAUGAGCAAAUGAGGAGCCUGAUGGACCAGGCUGGGCCAGCUGUGGCCAUGUAUGAAAAGAUGUGUCAAAGCCUUUUCGACGGUGAGACAACAUAUAACCUACAAGAUGUGAAUGCAAUGCGCGGUAAAAUUGGUAAAUUAGCGGAAGGGAUAGAUCUGCUCAGCAAGCAGAUAGUUGGCUUUCCCGUGCAGCCUGGCACUAGACAGGCUCGACUGCAAAACUCGGUUCGACAAGCAGCUGCACAUUAUAUUAAGGAGGAACUGCUAUCCUUACGUAAACUACCCACCGAGGAACAAAUAGAGGAGGUACGUAAAGAGCGAUACGCGAGGGCCCAAAAGCAAGUGGAAAUGGAGAGGAGAAGGGUGGAAAGGGAAAGGGAAGGGAAGGAAAUGGAACGAGCUAGUACCAGCAAUAACAUGGAGCAUGACGAUGACAACCCUAUAUUGGAACAGAUGAAUAUUAUUAGGGAGUAUAUUAGAGAAGCACGGAAGGAGCUGAGGUUUGAAGAGGUGGCCAUAUUGGAAACAAAUCUCAAAGAACUUAAGAAGGAAUAUCAGCUACAAAUGCUCUCAAACAAGUCCUAGUCAACAUUUGUUAUUUAAAUCUUUAAUUGUCUAUGUAUAAGUUCACUUUUUAUUAUUCCAAGAAUACAAG